AUGGUUCAACUCCCACGCGUGCCUCCUGCAGGGAUAUGGGCACCGGCAGUCACGGCCUUUAACAAUGAAGAUGAUACAAUUGAUUUUGAGUCUGCAAGAAAAUACUACGCCUAUCUAUCGCGCAGUGGGCUAGUGGGCUUGGUAAUCCUAGGAACCAAUGCAGAGACCUUCCUCUUGACUCGAGAAGAGCGAGCCCAGCUCAUAAAGACUGCUCGUGAAGCUGUAGGACCCGAUUAUCCCAUUAUGGCUGGUGUGGGUGGACACUCCACGAAGCAGGUCCUAGAAUACAGUCAAGACGCCUACAACGCUGGUGCCAACUACCUCCUGGUCCUACCACCAGCCUACUUUGGCAAACAGACCACUCCAGUAGUCAUCAAACGCUUUUUUGCAGAUGUAGCUCGCAAAGCUCCUUUGCCCGUGGUCCUCUACAACUUCCCCGGAGUGACAAACGGCGUCGACUUGGACUCUGAGCUGAUAACCGACAUCGUCAAUGCAUCAGCCGCGAGCUCCUCAGAUGGAAACAGUAACAUCGUCGGCGUGAAGCUGACGUGCGCACAAGUCGGAAAGAUCACUAGACUGGCAGGCAUAUUUGGACCUGACAAAUUCUCCGUAUACGGCGGACAAUCCGAUUUCCUCCUUGGUGGAUUAUCAGUUGGUUCAGCCGGAUGUAUCGCCGCGUUUGCAAAUAUCUUCCCCAAGACGAUAUCACAUAUUUAUAAAUUGUACAAGGAAGGGAAAUACGCGGAAGCGUUGGCGUUACAUCAAAAGGCUGCAUUGGCCGAAUCGCCAAGUAAGAGUGGCAUUGCGACGACAAAGUAUGCUGUGGCACUAUACUCGGCGCCAAAGGCAGGAGUCGAAAAUGCAGAGGAGAAGUUUUUGCCUCGUACGCCGUAUGAGCCCCCUAGUGAAGCGACGAAGCAGCUUGUGAGGAAUGUGAUGGCUGAAUUGGCGGCGAUUGAGGAUAAGCUUUGA